AUGCGUAAUGAUAAAGAAAAUGUUGUGCCGCAGGAAGAGAGGCCAUUAUCCCGACUAGAAAGAAGGUUCCAAGGGGAAGAUGGCUUGAGAGCAAUACAGCGGGCCCGUGACAGCAGAUCAAGGACCGAUUACGACCAGAGGGUUCCAGAAACUACCGAACCACGGGCAAAUUCUGAAUCCAACCGUAGAUCUCUAGAAAAUACUGAACCACGGGUAAGGGCUGAAUAUAACCAUAGAGCAUCAGAAAAUAUUGAGCCACGAUCUUUGGAACGACUUAAAGUCAACGACAAAACGGAUAAGAUGAACGAAAAAACAAUACUUGAGCAAGAAGGAGAGAAUAUACGUGGGUCGCCUAUCACAGUAUUUCCCGAAAAUGAGAAACGUCCAAAUGGAACGACUUCUAAACAAGAAGAUUCACUUCAGAUCUUAAGGAAUCUUUCUAAGGCCAUUACGGGUACAAGUGGAAGCGGGAGAAAUAGUCCCGGUAGGCUGGAUAAUAAUCUUGAAACUCCGGUAUUAUCAGAAAGAUCUCCCUACGAGCUUGAACAGGUCUCUGAGAGGCUUCCAAAUUCCGCACCAACUCCACCUCCAUCAGCGCCUAUCAACCCUCUCCUAUUGCCCACCCCAAAAGUCACAGGCGGGUGGAUCGAAACCCCUGCGCCACCGCGAAUGCGCACCAACGGUAGAACACCCAAAGAACAACCUCGGAUCAAAGAGGAACCUUCCUCGCCCCGCAACCACAGUGAGCCUUCCAAAACUUCCCAGUCACAGUCGCGAUCCCGUCCAACUCCAAUAAACAGUGCCCCUACUAUCUCCGCCGCUGCCGACCUCCAACGUAUAGAAAAAGAAGCUCGAGUCGAUGAUUCCACUACAAUCGAUCGAGACUUCUCCCUAUUUUUAAAGAACCAACUUACGUCUCCAAAUUCUGAAACUCUAGAAAUCAAUCUCGAUUUCGAUGAAAAUGGCCAACCACUUUCUCACGAAGAGAAAGAAAAAAGGUUGGAGGAACUUGCGUUCCUUCGUAUGAAUCGGAGUUUAAAACACACUACGAGUAGUAUACGAGAUGCGAGACAUGGCAUUGAAAGACUGGAACAGCAAGUCUCAUCAUCAGGUCCACAUUCGCGCUCACCCAAAGAACUCGGCAUCCCAUCCCCCAAAACAUCAUCUCGUCCUUUUUUCUUAGAUGCUCCUCUAAACCCUGCCUUGAACCCAAAUGUUCACUACCUCAUGAUACCCCUUCCCCGCCUCCGUCACCCUGGAACUAGAAAAUUUACCUGGUUCGGAUUACUAUUUACAAUCUUCAUAACGUGGUUUGUAGCUGAAUGGGCAAUGUGUGAAACGUAUUGUCAUCCCAAAUACUCAAAUAAAGAUGUUUGGCACCCUUCCGAUCCGUUUUGGCCCUGGGCUAUUCCAACCAAAAUGGAUCAGUGGACGGGUAAGGUAGUCAGUAGGGGAAUAGGAGAUGCGUGGGAUUGGUGGAAGGGCUAUGAUGAGGAGAUCAGGAUUUGGAAGGAGAAGAUGAAGAGGGAAGGAGUGAAGAUGCCUAAAGCUGUGGAGCUGGGAGAUGAUGAGGUGGUAGACGAAGUUGUGGAAGAUCACGCGGGUAAAUAUGAUGGAAGGAAAGGGGGAAGUAGCUGGUGGAGCUGGGAUAAUGAUGAGAUUGUGUAG